AUGUCUCAUUUUCUCAGGGAACUGAAGAACAAAGCAACUGGUGUUGAUAUUCUGGUGCCUCAGUACGAACAUAUCCCAGGACCAUUUGGAGGAUCAGUUGAUUAUCACAUAAUUGUGGUCACACAGUUGUUUUACUUCAAAACACCCACUAAACACAAGGAGUCUGAUAUUGUGCAGUUUAUGGUAAGUGCAAAAAAUUACUUAACUCUUUUACACCCUAAUACCAGUAUGCAUAUUCUCCAUACUGUUCUCUAUACAUUUCCUGAAGUGCUGACAAGGAGAAUUUGUUGAAUCAUCAAGAGCUUCCUUAUAUGGUGAUCAUUUCCUUUAUUCUCAUGACCUUACACUCAGGGUUAAUAUUGUAAGGAGAAAUUAGAUGCUAGUUACUCUUAGAGGUCAAAGGUUUAAUUAGAAAUUUUCAUCAAAUGUAAGUUAUGUUCUUUUUCCCUAACUUAAACCCUUAACCCUUGGCAUAAAGUCAAUCGCUCUGACGAAGGGCUAAUGCUUGAAAUGUCAGCUUUUUUACUCUUUACGGAGGCCAAUUUGCAUUUUCAACUCAGUUGUUAACACUAAAUUACCUGCUAUACUCUCUCACUGAUGCAGCAUCACAGUUUCUUUAGAAACUUACCCCCUUUAACCCUUGGCAUGUAACUCUAAACCAUGGAAGUAUUGAUCAUGGAAGUGAAAUAAAGUGUACUGUCCAGUCAAGUCAGUUGAUUGGGUAUUUUUCGUCACAAACCAUGGAUUUAAUGCUUUUGUCUUAAGUUAAUUCUUUAAUUCUAAGAUCUCAUUUAAUAAUUCUCCUUACUGCCUGCCUUGCAACUGUUAUAAUGUAAGUUCAGAGAAUUUAGUAUUGGAUCACCUAUAAAUUCUCUAAUAGAUAUUUUUAUUUAUUCCUAUCACUUGUCUACUUGGUAAUUGGCAUGUGAUUUUAUGCAUUUUGUACAACUUUUUGGCAAUUAUUUAUAGAUACCACAAAAGUAUGAAGUGUUUGAAGAGCUGUGCAAUAAGUUGACACAGAAGUUCCCCAGUGUUGUAUUUGAUACACCCCCAAAGAAACCAUUUUUGAUCAAUGAUGCAGUGAUCAGCGACCGUCGCCAGUACAUGCAGGAUGUACUACAACAAAUAGCCUGUACUCCUAAACUUGCCUGCAGUUCACUGGUUCUUGAGUUUCUUGGUGCAAAAAGAGGCCAUAAAGAGAUGAACAGAUUUGAGGACACUCAUGGCGUAUCAGAUAAGGUACCUUAUAUGUAUGUUUACUCAACCCUUCAACUCCAGAUCAAAUUUGUAAUUCUCCUUAAUGUCAGCCAUACAAUUCUUAUAAUGUUAGUUCAGAGAAUUUAGUAGUGGAUCAACUAAUUAUCCCCAAAUUGAUAUUUUUCUUUAUUCUCAUCACUUAUCUUGUUGAUAUUGUAUUGAUGUUGUAAGGAGAAAUUCUGUCUUGGUCACUCAUGGGAGUUGAAGUGUUAAUUGACCUGACCCCUUCAGUGAGGCUUUUCAGAGCCAAUGUGAAUAAGGGAAAGAAUGAAUAAACAUAGUGUUUAUAAAAAUCCUAACUGACAAGAGGCAGAUCAGCUUGCUGUUAAACAAAUUGACAGUGGUUUAGCAUGGUCUGUACUCUUAUCAACAAUGAUAUUUGUCAUCACAGUGGUCAAAAUGUUUUAGACUCACAAGGUGCAGCCAUUGCUAUUUAGGUUUUAUAAAAUCAAACAUGAACUCCCAAGAUGUGAUUGUUAUUCUCCUCUCUAGCUGUUACACUUUUCCUAGUAAAUUAUUGACGAGAAUUUGGUGUUAGUUCAAGAUGACAACUUUGAUAUGACAAGUCUGAGUAUUCUCAAUACCUGAUUUUUGGAUAAUGUAUAUAUAUAUAUAUAUAUAUAUGCAAUAAGGAGAAGUUGCAUUUUAAUCACUUCUGGGAGUCAAAGGGUUAACAGUAAUUUUUAUUGCACUUAACACAGGAUGAAGACACUGCUACAGGAAAGAAAAAUACUCAAGAAGAGAUAACUGAUGAUGUUGACCUAUUCGCCAGUGUUGAGGGAAAAGAUGACCAAACUGAAGAUAGGGAAGAAGAGGACUUAUUUGCUGCUGCCAAAUCAUCUGGUCCUCUUCCUAGUUUGGGAGUGAAAGGCUUCUCAAUAUUUAGCACUGAUGAUAAAGAUGAUGCUAAUGAUGAAGAUAUUAACAGUCUGUUUGUACCAGCUGGUGCUGAAGAGGGAAACACAGUCAAUGUUGAUGGAGAAGAUAAUUCUGAGCUUCUAAAGUGAGUUUCAAACAUUGGUUGUCCUGUUCUUUGUAUUGUUGUCAGUGUUGUUGUUGCUGUUUUUUUUGCCUCUAAUCUUUAUCAAAACUAGCCUUGUGAAAUGGCUGGUUGUAGAAAAUCUAGGGGAUAGUGUUCGGUGUAGAGUUUUUACAUAACCAGAAAGUAACUAAGUAUUUCAAUCCAUUUCUUUAUUCUGAAAAAAAUAUACAUCCAUAGAAAAACCAAUGACUGCUUGAAACAUUCAUAACCAGUUCAUUUUGCAAAACAAAAAACCAUGUGGUCACACUCAGCUUUUGGUUGAUUUGAGGUAAUCUUUUGUGGGGUGAGGCAUUGUACAUUUGUCAAAUAUUGUCUCUCUGCUUCAGUAUAUCAGAUUGGUUUGUUUGACAUCAUUUUUUAUUGGCUGUUAGUAGCUAGUAGUGGAGGUUGCCUGUUAUUGGUCAGUCUUGAUUUUUUGGUAAAAUUUGGUCGUUCAGUGUGGUUCCUUUAUUUUGCGAGUGUGGCAAACAUGUUUGUAUGGUACUGACUAUAAGUUGCAUCUUUAGAAAAGGGCCUGUUCUGAGUUGGUAAACCAGAGUUUGAAAGUCAUCAUUUCAUAGUAGUUGAUGCUCUUGAUGCACUACCUUAGUGAUAUUUAUAUUGAUGUCGCUGGCGGCUAAAUGCAGAAUUUUUCCAUUGUUGAAAACUGUGUUUGCUAAAAAUGGCCCAGGGUAUGCUACUCCUCUCUAUGUUUCUGGAAGUAUCGUCACCUACACUUUUCUUUAACUUCAGUUUUUGGAUCUGGGAAGUUGUGUUGUUCAUUUUUCAAUUCUUUAUAAACAGGAUUGAAGACGACUUAGACAAACUUUUGAGUGUCAAAGCAAAACCUCAGAAGCCACCCAAACCAUCACUACCUGUUGCAAAGCCUCGUCUUAAGCCUAAACCUAAUCUUAAGCCCAAACCGACUCCGAAGCCCAGGUUUGUCGAGGCAGCUGCCGGGGAGAACGAAUUAUUUGGAUCAGAAGAUGCAGAAGCUGCCGAACAGAAGACCAAAGAAACAUCCGCUGCAAAGGGAAAACCUGGAAGUGAAGACUUGUUUGAUCAAGCAAGGAAACAUACUUUUAGGUAUGACUGUUCUGUUAUUGUGAGCGCUUUUCGAUUGAGUGAUGUGAAACUAUAUCUGAAGUAAUCCCAAUAGUUAUUCAAAACGAAAGCGAUCAGUCAUGAAAUAAUAAAAGAAAUUUGUUCUGCUGUCAUGUGAUUGUGGAGCAUGGGAAAAAUCUGAGUCACCCACGAGGAAUCUAAACCGCACCUUCGGAUUCCGCGCUCCAUUUCUCUCACGCUGAGCCACAGAGAACUCUAUUGUGAACUGGGCAAUUACUAGCUCAACAUAAGCUCCCUUGUGUCGCUCACCAGAGUUCUCUGUAGCGCACGGUAGGGUUCCCUCGAGGGAGGAGAGAGGAAGAGUGAAGACCCUGGGAACGAAGUUGUGUAGUACAGUUGUGCAGUAGUUGACAAUUGGUGCGUGAAAUACAAAGGUCAGGGUUUCGAUUCUUCAUGGAGACUCAGAACUUUAUUUCGGUUUUUGUCCCAUACUUAGGUUGUUCCAAGGUAAAAGGUAGCAAAGGGUUUGAAAAAACGAGAGGUUUCCGAUGUCGGGUCGAGUCGCGACCCGACCCCAAUCGUGGUCUCGUUCCCAGAACUUCCACGGCCAAGCAGUUGUAAGCAUUUCAGGUACCGUUAGAGGAUAUGGGUACGAGAUUACCCCAAGCGCUAUUUGCGCGCCGAGUACUAUUUCGCUCCUUUACGCCAACUGAACGCUUUACGCAGGUAAUCCGACGCUCGAUACAAGGUGACUAACGUCUUCAUUUAGUAAUUUUAUUCUUGUCUAAAACCCCUUUAGAUCAUCAUCCCAUGGAGAGGAAACACUGGACGACAUUUUCAAAACGAAGUCACGAGCAGUUUUUGAGACAGAAGACGAUGACGACUUAUUUAAAACAGUAUCGACAGCCGAGAAGCGAAACGUGGAGGAGAUGAGUGUGGAUGACAUAGCCAAUUACAUUCAACAGAACAAGGCUGACUCGAAUGCAAAAUUAGAUUUAUUUUAAAGAUAGGCUCCAGGAUUUUAUGAAUAGUUUUAUAUCUAUCAACGCAAUCAAUAAUUGGUACAAAAUUAAUUCCCAGGAGAUCCCCAGUAGAAAAUGAAGGGAUAUGGUGACUCUCUUGUGGUUAUAAAACUUUGUCUCACCCUCAUCCUCAGGAUCUUUCUUUCCCAAAGUUGAGAUGGCGCUGCAGGAUGCGUGUUUCUCUGCCGCUAAUAAUAAUUGGAACGAGUAGGAGAGAGUUUUGCUGGGGGUCUGGUGCCAAUAAAUAAUUACUAGUGCUUGAACUAGACCCCUGAAAGCCAGUCCGCCAUCUAGGAAUAGCUGACAUUUCCGAAAAUCGCCCGGCUCGGAAACUCGUUACUAGUACUCCUCGGCUGCUCCUAAAGCUGGAUUUAAGCAAAACCUCAGAAGACCUCUCGCCGACUUGCGUUACCCAAUACCUUGUACUUCCUCGCAGGCUAAGAAACACCGCUGCUGAAGCGCCAAUAAUGAGGAACUUUCUCGGAAGACAAAGAGGAUACAAGCUCAAAUAUUCCAUUUACAAGAGACAUCGUAUAAAUAAUCGGUGGAUGAAUUCAUGGAAAUUUUUUCCGUUGUCAUCGCAACGAGUACGUUUCAAGACAAAAUCUCCCAGAAGAAGUGAGUGCUUUGAAAAUUAGGAUCUAGAAACUUUGAUCAUAAAAAUCACUCGGAAAAGCGUUUCAGAUAUUAUGAGAUAGAGGAAAGGUUCAUGAAAUAGUCCGAAUUAACCACAUUUCUAUUUCUCUUGUAUCUUGGAGAUUUCUUCUGUCACCCACAAACAAUAGAUGAAAACACUAGAGAACUACUACAAAUAAGCCAUUUUUGGUUCAACACAAAUGAAAUAAAAGUAUGAAAUU